AUGUCAGCCACAGAAGGCACUCCUUUGCUGCAGACGGGCAGAGGGCGGGGGCUCCUCUGCUUAGCCCCACCCAUCAGCCCUGCCACGUUCUCUGCUAGGGAGCUCCAGCCUCACUGUCACCUCUCAUCCCUGCCCCCUCACAGCUUUCCUCCCUCCAUGGCCUCUGUCUUUCCUUCACUCCUUAGUCUCAUCCUGAUUUCUUACUUUCUGUUUGAGAAGUCUGAUUCUGAACCCCAUGUGUUAAUAAGACCACUAACUGGUAAGACUGUAUGUAACACUCGGAUUUGUUAUCAUUGGGACAGCACAGAUCAUUUGUGA